AUGAACGAGAAAAGCUUGGUUGACCUCGAUUUUAAAAAGAAAUCCAUAACCAUCUCACCCACUCCCCGGGUGUCCACACCUAGACAGGAGGACGAUCAGGGUCUUCAACCAAAGCCUUUGGCUCAAAAGCUUAAUCACAAGGCAACAGUGUUGGGUCGGAAAUGCGAGUACAUUACCAUUUUUACGGAACACUUCGCUAAAUAUGUUCCAAACCCCAACCUGGAGGGUCAGGAGACUGUGUUCGUCAGACCUCUAACCAUUGACCAACCUGAUAUGAGAGACCCUUGUGUGAGUAACGAGGUGUGGUGCAGAUUCUUUAAUCGAGGAAAAGAUCCAACACCACCGACCGCGAAGGCUCCGUCAUGUGCUACGCAUGCCAGAACACUGACUACUGAGACAAGUGUUGUUCUCCAAUGCUGCAAACCGCAGGGUGGACAACGCAUGACUUGGCAGAAUGGCGUGAAAGAGACUACUGAGGUUGUGGGCGUUUUUGAUAUCGCACGCCUUCCAGGAUGGGAUCCCCGUGACCCCACCUGUGCUUGGCCGAAGACGUUGAAAGAAAUGACGGCUAAUCGAUAUCAGUACCGUUCGUGCUGUCAGUUUAUUUUCAGAUUGUCCAGCGAAUUGAACAGACAUUGCUGCAGAACGACUUUUUUCGAGGGAUCCACCGGAACCCAGCCUGAAUUUACCGUUUGUGAUGUUUCCAGGCAACUGAAUGUGCUGCACCAGGUGACCUCAUGUUUCAUUCGCUACGAUAUUCAAGACAUCGCGAUACAUACAGGAGAAGCCGAGAGGUGGAGGUCAAGUUCGAACUACGACCUUCCGGUCAGUAAAUUUGUGCUCUCGGGCCAUCUCACCCCCAAUUUCAAUAUGCUUCAUCAGCAAAUUCCAUCAGAAACACUCAAUUAUUUUUCAGUUUUUCCAAGCAACCCAGUAACCAACUGGGGUAUGGGAAAGGGUGAUGAUACACCUCGGAAUUCUACUGUUGCACAUAAUCGCCAGAGAAAAAACAACGUUGACCGAGCCACCUCCUUUGUCUCUAUUCCCGAGAACGACAUAUUCUUCAGUGAAAGACGUCACAUCAACAGGACGAUUAGGCGUUGGUCGAACACCUCGGUUGUGGCUUUGGCAGCCAACAACGUGUUGAAAAGGGCUGCUACGAUCAAUUUUAAACUAACAUUCAGAAGGACCAAACAUAAUUGUUUAAGCAGAAAGAAAAAAGAGCGUUCAGCCGUAGCACCCUUCCGGUGCCUAGCUGCCAUGCCACCCAAAGGAAGCACGAGGGCUGGGAUACUGCCAGGUUGCCCAAGCCUAGACAGGGAAAGUCGAGUGGCGGAGGUCGGAUUCGAACCACGGACCUUCCGGUCAGUAAAUUCACGCUCUAACCACUUGAGCCAUCUCGCCCCCAUUGUUUAA